GAGGAGGAAGAAGAGGAAGAGGAGAAGAGGAGGAGGGGAAAACGGGAGGACACGCAGGAUUGCAGCGUUCAUCACAUUUUAUUUUUCCUCCUUCCUCUUUCAUGGCGCAAGGGCUAAACCACCGGGACCGUCCUGGGUGUGAAAGUGCCACGGUGAUUUUGGAUAUUCAAGCAUCAUUAUCCUCCUCCUCCAUCAUCAUCAUCAUCAGCAGCAGCAGCAGCAUCCUCCUCCUCAGCUGCGGCUGCACCCACACCGACUCGUCGUCCUCCUGCUGCCGGCUCCAUGUCGUGUGAUGGUCGGCUCGCCUCGCUGGACUCUCACCGCUCUCUCCGGAUCGUCGACGACCGCAGAGCCACAUUUUCGGCGGAAACCCACGCAGAGCGAUAGAGCCACAUAUGGAAUCUGGGGACCAGAAUUUUAGGAAAAAGGAAAAUCUGAGCAGUUGAUUACAUUUUUUAUUAUUAUUAUUAUUCAAUUAUUUUUUUAAUACUAUUUCUUUAUCUCUCUGUGUGUAUGUGUGUGUGUGUCAGCUGGUUGAUAAUCUUUGGCUGCAGCCUUGAUAUUUUCUUCCUUCUCGUUGAUGCUAAAUUUCCCCUCCUUUAUUAGUGGACUUAUUAUAAAACAGCUUUAAUUUCUUAAAUGGAUGUGUCCAUUUGUUUAUGUCAACACUAAAAUGAGAGCUUCCCCUGCUGUCCUUCCUUCCCCUGCCCACUCUACCGUGUUUUUAUGCUAACAAACCCAUUAUAUAAUAAUAAUAAUAAUAAUAUUAACUAUGCUUUGCUCUAUACAGUAACUCCAGUUUCUAUCGUAUUAUCGCCUCUUGACUAAAGUCACUGUAACAGACAUACUGUGAGCCUGUCGCCUCCUCUCAGAACCUCUUAGCUCCAUUACAUCUCUGUCUGUAACCUUCACAAGUCAAGAAACAGGUUGUUGUUGUUUUUUUAUGAUUAUUUAUUCCACUUUCACCACCACAGUCUGCAGGACCUCACGUUGAUCCCCCGCAGCUCAGAUUGUGGCUGUAGUUUGGGCCACGUCUGCAGCUGAGGUGCUGCCAGACCCUGACUUUUCUAUCUUUAUUUAUAACAGUAAGAAGAAACAGAGAGGAGACAGAGAGACCUCAGCCUCUAACUCUCUCCCUCCCUCUAAAAAAAACACUCCUUGGGUUUUUAUUUCUCCUGUUGUGGUCCUCACCCAAACGCAACCAUAAGGUUCCUACCGCAUCCUCCUUCUCCUCCUCCUUCUUCCCUCUCCUUCCGCUCGAGUCUGUCCCGAUUUUUCAGUCUGGUGUGGUUCCGCAAAUUUUCAAAUAUUUACUUCCUGUACAUCAAGAGGAAAGGGGGUCCCCCUUUCAUGGAAUGCGGAAACAUGGGUCUGUUCGACCGUGGAAUGCAGAUGCUGCUGACCACGGUGGGAGCCUUUGCGGCCUUCAGCCUCAUGACCAUCGCGGUCGGCACGGACUAUUGGCUGUACUCGCGCGGCGUCUGCAAGUCCAAGUCCAUGAGUGAGAACGAGACCAGCAAGAAGAACGAGGAGGUGAUGACCCACUCGGGCCUGUGGAGGACGUGCUGCUUGGAAGGAAACUUCAAAGGAAUGUGUAAACAGAUAGACCACUUUCCCGAGGACACAGAUCAUGCAGCGGACCCAUCCGAGUACUUCUUACGUGCGGUGCGAGCCUCCAGCAUCUUCCCCAUCCUCAGUGUCAUCCUGCUCUUCAUGGGAGGAUUGUGUAUAGCUGCCAGUGAGUUCUACAAGUCACGCCACAACAUCAUCCUCAGUGCAGGGAUCUUCUUUGUGUCUGCAGGUCUGAGUAACAUCAUUGGGAUCAUCGUGUACAUAUCAGCCAAUGCGGGGGACCCUUCAAAAAGUGACUCCAAGAAGAACAGCUACUCUUACGGAUGGUCCUUCUACUUCGGCGCACUCUCCUUCAUCAUGGCUGAGAUGGUGGGCGUCUUAGCUGUGCACAUGUUCAUCGACCGCCAUCGGCAGCUGCGAAUAGGUGCGCGCGCAGCCGACUACCUCCAAGGCUCGGCCAUAACACGAAUCCCCAGCUACCGCUACCGCUACAGGCGCCGCUCGCGCUCCUCUUCCCGCUCCACAGAUCCGUCGCACUCCCGUGACACCUCACCUGUGGGCCUCAAGGGCUUCAGUGCGCUGCCGUCCACAGAGAUCUCAAUGUACACACUGCCGCGGGACACCCUCAAGUCCUCUGGCACACCCACCGCCACCUACAACUCUGAGAGGGACCACAACUUCCUGCAGGUCCACAACUGCAUCCAGAAGGACCUGAAAGACUCGAGUCACACCAACACAGCGAAUCGCCGAACCACGCCAGUAUGAGGGAGUGGACACAGGUCAGGUCAGGCCGGCCGUGGCGGUGAGUGAAGACCAGGAGACAUGGGAACCCCAGUGGGUGCGGUACACCCCACCCCCCCGGAGAAGAUGGAUUUCCAUGUUUAUAGACAUUAGUUGUUUUUGUUCAGGUGCAUGACGUUUUCCAUUUCCACUGCUGAGGGAGUUCCAACAGGUCUGCGAUGUUCCUGGAGUAAGAAUGGGUCAGGUUGUACCAAAAGAGCUUGCUCUGUCGUAUCUUUAGCGAAGAGUUUGUUUAUGAAAGGGAAGCUGGGUGAGGGAAAUAGGGAACAAGCCAAGUUCAUGAUCUCAUUGCCACCCAGCCAGCCACUCCAUGUGGGUCCCACAAGGGUUAUAUGUGGGCUGACAAUUAGGCUCCCAAAAGGGGUUGGCCAUGGUGGCCCUACCCACAUUUGCCCACUUCAAGCUUGGUAAACUUGGUAAGCUUUCUAGGCUACCUGGGUACUAAGUGGGAUUGAAGUGGGCAAGUCAUACAGGUCCCAUGUGGUUUCAGUAAAAUGGGCCCCAAAUGGGAAGCCAAUUUCGGCACAGGUGAAGCCAACAUGGAAACCACGGACAAACACACUUGGCACCCGAAUUGUCAGCCAGAACAUAACCCUUAUGGGGGGUGAGCGAAUUAGGGAACGAGCCAAGUUCAUGAUCUCAUCGCCACCCAGCCAGCCAGUCCAUUGGGUCCCAUAAGGGUAGUAUUAGGGCUGGCAAUUGGGGUCCCAAGAGGGAUUAUCCAUGGUGGCCCUACCCAGGUUUUCUCACUUCAAGCUUGGUACACUUGGUAAACUUUCUAGGCUACCGGGGUACUAAGUGGGCAUGGGAUUGAAGUGGGCAAGUCAUGCAGGUUUCACAUGAUUUCUAACCCUAACCCACGUGGGAAGCCAAUUUCGGCAAACACGGGUGGAGCCAACAUGGACACGAAGGACCCACUUAGGACCCGUAUUGUCAACCGAUUAUGGGGUCCACAUGGACAUUCUGGCUUGGUUUGGAUGGAGCAACAUGUCGACCUCUUCCUCAGCCAGACUUAUUUUAUUUAUUAACUCUUUUUUUUGUUUUUUUGCAUUAAAACUGUGAAUUGUUACAGUUUGGGAUUCAGUAUGAAUUAGCCCAAUCUGUAAUCUCUAACAAAGGUACUAAAUAUGUAUUACUUUUAUAAAUAAAUUAUUAUGUUAAUAAUCAAGAGUUACAAGACUUUACCGAAGCAAAAAAACAAACAAAAAACAAGUUAUAACUAAACCAAGUGCUGUUGAUAAACACGAGAAAAGAC